CUAUUUCGAACGCGUAUCUAAUGAAAAAUAAUUACGUAAAACUUCGAAAAACUUCGAAAUAAUCAAUAUUUUAUAAUACAAAAAAUUGCUCACAUUAAUUAUAAUUAAUUAAUUAAUUAAAUUAAUUACUACAAAGUUUGCUAAGUCAAAAUGGUUUGCUCUACGUACACGCUGAAGUUCAUUUCAUUUAUUUUGAAUAUUCUCUGCUGUAUGUUCGGUGCCAUGAUGCUCUCAGCGAAUGCAUAUGCUAUUGUAGCUUGGAAUGAUAGUAAUGCCAUAAAAGUGCCUUGCAUUAUAGGUAUCACUGUUGGGUCGCUGCUAUUCCUAACUACAAUAUUUGGGUGCUGGGGUGCAGUUCGUCAGUCUGACCGAAUGACUUGGUGUUAUACUAUUAUCAUGUUCCUAUUGAUGGCGGCACAGAUAUGUGCCAUAUUUUUACAACCGGUCGACUUUAACAAGCUUGCGAAUGAAACCAUAACUUAUGUCUGGAAUCAACAACUUAUCAACAAUAGCACAAUGACACAAUAUGAGAUAAAGUACAAUUGUUGUGGCAAAAAUGGUCCCAAUGAUUAUAUACAAAGUGGCUUACCACUACCUCCCGCCUGUUAUAUUGGAGGAAACUCAACCGCUCCAACUUUACUCUAUUCUACUGGAUGCAUACAAGUUGUUAGCGAAGCCUAUGCAAAUAGUUCGGAAAUAGAAACUAUUAGUGACUGGAUUUUAGUGGGUUUGGUGGGUAUAACAAUUAUCUUCUCUGGCAUGUUGGCAAUCAGCUUCAAAAACAAUAAAAGAAGGCAACUUUACCGCUAAUUUUAAGGAUACUAGACAGU